ACCCUCAACUUACAACUGAUUUUCUUUCCACUACGACUGUCGAGUUCCAGCCGCAAACAACGCGUUAAUUUCUAAAUUAACGAAUCAAAACCGUAACUCGUAAUGUGCUAAUGCUAACGUAGCCAAAGAUAUAAUUGUCAUAUGUUUACGAAAAGCCACACGGACAAUAAAUCCCCGUUUAUAUUAGAUAUUAUAAUUAAAAAUCAAAAUCACGAACGCGCAAUCGGUUUGAGCGCAGUGAGCAGAGCAGAGGAGCGGAGAGCAGAGCAGAGAGAGAGUAAGCAAGCAAGCAAGCAAAUAGCAGCAGUCGCCAGAGCAGCGUAGAGUUGUGUAACACAGCAACGUGAACGUGUAAUAGAAUUUGGAUUUGGUUUUUGUGUGCGCUUAAGCAGAAACAGCAGCAUGGCGCUCGAGAUUGAUGCAAAAAAUGCGGCGGCGACUGGUGAUGCUGCUGCCACUGGUGCCACUGGCAAGGCCAAAGCCAAGGAGGCCAAAAACAACAACAACGUACCCGCAGCCGGCGAAAAGAACUUGGUCAAUGGCGGCAGCGCCGCAACGAAGAAGAAAGGCAAGAAAAACCGCAACAAAAGCCCGCCCCAAGACGCAGUCUCUGUGGAGAGUGUUGCCGCCCUGAGCAAUGGACACGCGGAGAAGGUUGCGGUCAACGGAGACGUUGCCGCUGAUGCCAAUGCCAAUGUGUUGGGAGACAAGGAGGGCGAAGUGAAGAAGUCGCUAGCAGAGGGCGGAGAGGGAUCAGUGGCAGAGGGAGAGGCGGCAGCAGCAGCGGCAGAUGAUGUCGAUCUGGAUGCAUUGCAUGAUGUGGGCAUCACGGUGAACAUUAGCAGUCCUGGCUCAGAUGUGCUCUCCGUGCAGCUGUCGAGCAUGGAGCUGGUGCAGGAAAUUCACCAGCUGCUGAUGGAUCGCGAGGAGACGUGCCACAGGACAUGCUUCUCCCUGCAGCUGGACAAUGUGACGCUGGACAACUUUGCCGAGCUGAAGACGAUCGAGAAUUUGGAUCAGGGAUCCACCAUUCGAGUGGUUGAGGAGCCGUACACAAUGCGUGAGGCGCGUAUCCAUGUGCGUCAUGUGCGCGAUCUGCUCAAGAAUCUGGAUCCGGCUGAUGCCUACAAUGGAAUCGAUUGCACCUCGCUCACAUAUUUGAAUACGAUCACACAGGGGGAUCUGCUGGACAAGAAGCGGACACGUCCCGACUCGGUUGACUGCACUCCGCCGGAAUAUGUGACGCCCGGAGUGCGUGAGCCACCGUUGCUGCCACUCCAUCCGAAUAUUAAGAACGCCAAGGGACCACAGGCGCUCAAGGUGCUGACCACAUCGGCGUGGAAUCCGCCACCCGGUCCACGCAAGCUGCAUGGUGAUCUGAUGUAUCUGUAUGUGGUCACCAUGGAGGAUAAACGCUUUCACAUCUCUGCCUGCUCCAAGGGCUUCUACAUUAAUCAGUCGACAGACGAUUCAUUCAAUCCAAAGCCAGACAAUCCCAGUCACUUGAGUCACUCGCUCAUCGAUUUACUCUCUCACAUUUCAUCAUCGUUCCGUCGCGCCUUCCAGGCCAUCCAGAAGCGUCGCACCAUGCGUCACGCCUUCGAGCGUGUGGCGACUCCCUACCAGGUGUACCAAUGGGCAGCGCCACAAUUGGAGCACACCGUGGAUGCCAUACGUGCCGAGGAUGCCUUUAGCUCCAAGCUGGGCUAUGAGGAGCACAUACCUGGACAGACGCGCGACUGGAACGAGGAGCUGCAGACGACUAGGGAACUGCCAAGGAAGACACUGCCAGAGCGUUUGCUGCGCGAACGUGCCAUCUUCAAGGUGCAUGGAGACUUUGUGACGGCGGCAACUCGUGGAGCGAUGGCCGUCAUCGAUGGCAAUGUGCUGGCCAUUAAUCCGGGCGAGGAUGCCAAAAUGCAGAUGUUCAUCUGGAACAACAUCUUCUUCUCGCUGGGCUUUGAUGUCCGCGAUCACUACAAGGAACUUGGCGGCGAUCAUGCCGCCUUUGUGGCGCCACGUUACGAUCUCCAUGGCGUGCGCGUCUACAAUGCUGUGGAUGUCGAAGGCCUCUACACCCUCGGCACCGUUGUGAUUGAUUAUCGUGGCUAUCGUGUCACCGCACAGUCCAUCAUACCCGGCAUAUUGGAGCGGGAACAGGAACAGUCUGUUGUCUAUGGCUCCAUAGACUUUGGCAAGACAGUCCUCAGUCAUCCCAAAUAUCUGGAGCUGCUGCGUCUGGCGGGCAAGCAUUUGAAGAUAUUGCCACACUCGGUGCUCAAUGAGCGGGAUGAGGCCGUCGAGCUGUGCUCCUCCGUCGAGUGCAAGGGCAUCAUUGGCAACGAUGGACGCCACUAUAUACUGGACUUGUUGCGCACCUUCCCACCAGAUGUGAAUUUCCUAAAGCUCCAGGAUGUGCAGCUGAGUAAGGAGCUCACCGAAAUGGGAUUCCCCAUUGAGCAUCGCCACAAGUUGUGCUGCCUGCGCCAGGAGCUGCUCGAGGCCUUCAUUGAGGAUCGCUAUGUGACUUUCAUACGCAUUGCUGCCGUUCAUCUGCAGCAACUGAAUGCCAAAAAGCAGGCAUCCGCAUCCACAUCCGGCGAGAAGGAGCUGCCUGCCAUUGCCGAGAAGCAGGAGGAACAGGCGGAGGAAGUCAAGGUGGUAGAGGCGGAAAAGGAGAAGGAGAAGCCACAGAAGGAGGAGUCUGCGCCGAGUGCCAGCGAGACCAAGAGCGCCGAGGCCAUGGUGAAUGCCAUACGCGAGGCCCAAUCCAAUGUGGCCGUCUCCAAUGAGAUCCAGGCCGCUGAGGUGGUCAAACGUGCCUGUGCCGCUGUGGGCUCGCUCAAGGAGAAGGAGUUUGACUUCCGCUUCAAUCCGGACGUCUUCUCGCCAGGCAUACGCCACAUUGAUGGCCCUGACGGCGGCGUACAGUCGCUGGCCAAACAGAAGCGUCUCGUUCAGGAUGCAGCUGAAUUUCUGGUGCUCAAGCAAAUCCCCGCCUUCAUCAAGGAGCACAUGGCUCACUCGUCGCCGCCCAUCGAUGGCCAGAGCUUGACCGAAUCCCUGCACAGUCACGGCAUUAAUAUACGCUACCUGGGCAAGGUAAUCAAGAUGCUUGGACAGAUGCCCCGCAUGGACUAUCUGCAUCGCAUUGCCAUCCUGGAGCUGAUUGUGCGUGCCACCAAGCACAUUUACUACACAUACAUACAGAGCACGGAGCCAAUGCAUCUGUCGGCUGCGAUCAGUCACUUCCUCAACUGCCUGGUGACCACGGGACCAGUAAAUCCCGCCGUCAGCAGCGAGGAUGCGCACAAGAAGCAGACGCGUCAAAAUGGUGGUAAAAACAACAAGAAUAACAAGUCGGACAAGGGAUCCAAGCCCCAACAGGCAGCUGCCUCACAGAGUGGCAAUGGAACAGCUGGAGGAGGCAGUGCCUCAUCCAGUGGAUCAAGCGGCUGGACACUGAUGACGCCACGUUCGCUGUGGCAACAGAUUCGCAAGGAGGCAAAGACAUAUUGGAACUGGGAUCUGGACUGUGAUUCGAUUGAAACAGCUGGAGCCAAGUAUGGAUUGCUGCGCAUCUCGUUGUUGCGCGCUUUCUGCCUCAAGGUGGGCAUCCAGGUGCUGCUCCGCGAGUACAACUUUGAGUCGAAGCACAAGCCCACGUUCGGCGACGAUGACAUUGUCAAUGUGUUCCCCGUGGUCAAGCACAUCAGUCCACGUGCCACAGAUGCCUACAACUUUUACACCACUGGCCAGACCAAAAUCCAACAGGGCAUGCUUAAGGAGGGAUACGAGCUCAUCAGCGAGGCUCUCAAUUUGCUCAACAAUGUGUUUGGCGCCAUGCACCAGGAGAACGGAUCCUGUCUACGCAUGCUGGCACGUCUCAGUUACCUGCUGGGCGAUGCCCAGGAUGCUCUGGCCAUCCAACAGCGCGCCGUCAUCAUGAGCGAGCGCGUCAAUGGCAUCGAUAAUCCCUCAACUAUUCUGGAAUACGCACAUUUGUCACUCUACUCCUUUGCCAAUGGUCAUGUGGGCAUGUCGCUGAAGCUGCUCUACCGUGCACGCUAUCUGCUGGUGCUUAUCUGUGGCGAGGAUCAUCCCGAGGUGGCUUUAAUCGAUAGCAACAUCAGCUUAAUCCUGCAUGCGCUGGGCGAGUACGAGUUGUCGCUGCGUUUCAUUGAGCACGCACUGAAGCUGAACCUGAAGUACUUUGGCAACAAGGCCAUGCAUGUGGCAGUCAGUUAUCAUCUGAUGGCACGCACUCAGUCCUGCAUGGGCGACUUCCGCUCAGCGCUGAACAAUGAGAAGGAAACCUACUCCAUUUACAAAUCACAGCUGGGGGAGAAGCACGAGAAGACGCGCGAAUCGGCGGAAUGUCUGCGUCUGUUGACUCACGAGGCUGUCGCACUUCAACGCAAGAUGAACGACAUCUACUCCAAUGGCAAGCUCACCAGCGAUCUGCCACCUAUUCAUAUAACACCGCCAUCGAUGGGAUCUGUUCUGGAAAUGCUAAACACAAUCAAUGGCAUUCUCUUUGUGCAUAUCAGCCAAAAGGACAUUGUAAAGGUGCGCAGUGAGAUUGAAAAGCAUUUGAAAACGAAUACCGAAGAGAACGAAAUUACGGAUGCUCUCAAAACAAUUGUGGCAUCGGCCAAUAAUAAUGAUAAUGCGUCAGAGACUGAGCAGCCAAAGGAGGAUGCAAACGCAGCCACGAGCCAGCUUACAAAUGGCAGCGAAGAAGCGACCACGACGGCUUCCAGCUGAACAACAGAUUCGCAAACAUAUUACUAUCAAACAAUGCAAGCACAGCAACGACAACAACAACAACAGCAACCACAACAAUAAGAAUGCAUCAUCAAGAACAAGAAAUACCAAUAAUAAUAACUUGAAAAAGUAAUGAAAACAAAGAUAAACAUAAGUCACAAAAUAGUCAACUGUUGUCCAACGUUUGUUCGUCAACGUUGUUUCAUUUUCUUUCGUGGACUGAGCUAAAUUCGUAACAACAAAGUGUUUACACACCAAACAACCUACAAAGAAUAACAACAAAUAAAUGCAUAAUAGAUUAUGUUACAUUUUCUAAA